AUGGGUCUUAGUAGGAAAACUAGUGAUUGGAAUUUUAUCAGCUUCUUGGCUAAUUGUACUAGCCUAGAGGUCUUAGGUCUUGACACUGAAUCAUUUUGGUGGGGAAUUGCCAAGAUCCAUAGCCAACCUUUCUACCCAACUAAAAUCUCUUACUUUGGGGCAAAUUUGAUGCACGGAAGCAUCCAUGGCGGCAUUGGAAAUCUUGUAAACUUGAGCGUUCUUGCCAUGGACUACAACUACUUCAGUGGUAGUGUCCCUAAUGAAAUUGGAAAGCUUCAAACGUUACAGGUAUUGUAUUUGACUAAUAACAGAUUUUCUGGGUCAAUCCCAUCAGCCCUAAGCAACUUAACUUCAUUGACAAAACCCUACAUGGGGCAUAAUAGGAUUGCAGUUUUGUGGGCGGUGGAGAAGGCUCUGAAGAUGGAGGUGGGGUUGUUAGGGUCGAUGAUGGAUAAAGAAGGUGGAGUUGGGGUCGAUGAUGGAUGA